UUGCAACACCGUGACGUCCAAACCGAAAUGGGAGCUUGGACAUUUGUUCUGCUGUUUCUAGCCCCUACUCUAACUGAGUGCAGAGGAAGAGGAGGUAAAGAUAGAGUUAGUUGCCGAAAUCCAAACACAAUAAAGUGCGAUGACGGUAGAUGCUUUAAAAAAUGGGAGCUUUGUGAUGGUAAAACUAAUUGUCAAGACAGAUCAGAUGAAUAUCGAUGCAGAAAAUGUAACUAUAUAAAUAAAUUUAGAUGUGCCAACGGUUAUUGCAUUCCUAAAAGAUUUCUUUGUGAUGACAUCAAUGACUGUUUUGAUGGAUCUGAUGAGAAUUACUGCAGUAAUAGAAAGAUACAGACAACCCAUCCCCGCAAACAAACUGUAAAAGUCAAACCGGCGUGGAUGUUCGUGAGCAGCCAGAGAACAAACACCCACACAGACAUCUGCGAUUUGCUUUGCGACAUUCAGCUGGGCGGGGAAGCUUGCCAGUGCAGCCACCCUAGUCUACCGGGAUAGACAGACUUUUGUCUGCAGCGUUAGACAGACAUUUGUCAGGAGGAUUAGACAGACUCUUAAUAUCAAAGUUUCUAUAACUUUCUACCGUUGAUACAAAUGUCUGCUAUAACUAUGGCUAUUAUAAAAAAACAUUAAAACAAGAAAUAAAGUUUAU